AUGGGGACCAAGGGCGACAAAUAUUCGGUCAUUCUUCCCACUUACAAUGAGCGCCAGAACCUGCCCGUGCUGGUACAGAUGCUCUUUGAUGUCUUCACAAAGGAGAAACUCAACUGGGAAAUCAUCAUCGUCGACGACGCCUCACCCGACGGCACGCUCGAGCGGGCCAAACAGAUCCAAAAAUCCUUCGGUGCCGACCAUAUCAUCUUGAAGCCGCGGGCGGGCAAAUUAGGCCUGGGAACUGCCUAUGUGCACGGCUUGCAGUUUGUGUCGGGGAACUACGUGAUCAUCAUGGACGCCGACUUCUCGCACCACCCCAAGUUCAUCCCAGAGUUUGUGAGGAUUCAGAAGGCUACGGGUGCGGACAUAGUCACGGGCACACGGUACCGGUCAAAGAACGGACUCAUCGGAGGCGUGUAUGGAUGGGAUGCUAAGAGGAAGCUAACAAGUCAGGGCGCGAACAUCCUUGCCGAUUUCCUCCUGAACCCUGGUGUGAGCGACCUGACUGGUUCGUUCAGGUUGUACAAGAAGGAGGCGCUGGUGAAGGUGAUCGAGAAGACGCAAUCAAAGGGAUAUACGUUCCAGAUGGAGAUGAUGGUGAGGGCAAAGGCCAUGGGGCUGAAGGUGGAAGAGUGCCCCAUCACAUUUGUGGAUCGGUUAUAUGGUGAGAGUAAACUCGGCGGAGAGGAGAUCGUCGAGUAUCUCAAGGGCUUGCUGUGGCUAUGGUGGUCGGUCUAG